AUGGUAUCAUCACCAUCACAAAAUUUCAUUAAAUUUGAAGAAAUUGAAGUCCAGAAGGAAAACAUUUUUCCUCUAAAGCACGGAAGAUCAGCCUCUGCACUCUCGAAAGCGAUACAUCAACCAUUAACAAAGAUAAAUCAAAUCAAAUCAAGCUUCGAGCAAAGGCUAAUAGAUGAACUCCCGACACUGAGUGAUCCAAUUACUUUGUAUCUUGAAUACAUAAACUGGAUAAACAAUGCCUAUCCUCAGGGUGGUAAUUCCAAGCAAAGUGGGAUGCUCACUCUUAUGGAAAAGUGUCUAUCUCAUUUAAAGGACUUCGAAAGAUACCAUAACGAUGUCAGGUUUUUAAGAAUAUGGUUUUGGUACAUGGAGCUUUUUACCACAAAUUCAUUCAUGGAGGGUAGAGACAUUUUCAUGUAUAUGUUAAGAAACGGAAUUGGCACUAAACUGACGUUAUUCUAUGAAGAAUUUACAACUCUUUUACUUCAGAAACAGAUGUUUCAACAGGCUAUGGACAUCUUACACCUAGGAGUUAGAAAUAAGGCUAAGCCUGAUCAGGCCUUAAAGAAACAGUUGUAUCAUCUGCGGAGAAAACUGGAAGAACAGAAUAUCCAGCUAGAGAAUAGAGUGUCAGUGGAUCUUUUAGAUUCUACAGUACUUGGAAAAACUAGAUCAGAAUUUGUUAAUAGGCUUGAACUUGCAAAUCCAAAUGAACCAUCAACUAACAGUAGUCUGACAAAAAAUAAUGUAUUUACAGAUGAAGCCGAAUUAGAAGCGGAGCCGUUUGGAAUUUCUAAAGGUAGCGUUUAUAGAGAUGGAUGGGAAUACUUUGGUUCCAAGGCAGAGAGGAGCAAAGAAAAUAGGCAUAAAAUAUCUUUGUUAGAAGCAAAUACGAAUUUAGGUGAACUAACACAAUGCCAAAUUCCAUCACUCAAGGGAAGACAGCAUGAUGAAAAACUACCCAUCUUUAGAGAUUCUAUCGGCAGAAGUGACCCCGUUUAUCAAAUAAUUAGUAUGAAGGACCAAAAACCUGAAAAGAUUGAUUGCAAUUUUAAAUUAAUUUAUUGUCAAGAUGAGGAAACUAAAAGUAGUAAAUCGGAGUUCUCUUUAGAGGAAAUCCUGGCUAUUUCAAGAAACGUUUACAAAAGAUUAAAUACGAAUAAGAAACAUAUAAGGGAAACAGAGGAAGGGCAAGAAGGAAGUGAAGGGCAAAAAGAAGCUAGGCUACAGUCAAAAAGACUUAAAACAGCUAGAGAAGCCUUGGUCUCCAAGACGUUGAUUACCUCUAACGAAGAAAAAGCUUUCCCUGGUGAAGAGUACAUGCACUGCCCGAUGACACCUAUGGGUCAAGUAACUAGAUUAUCAGAUAUCAUCUCUGUUGUGAAGCCACGGCGACUCACACCAAUUUUGGAAAUGAGAGAAUCAACUUCUAUUUCUCAGAGCGGAAACUCUGAGAUCAUAUCAGAUGAUGAUAAGUCAAGUUCCUCUUUUAUCUCGUACCCGCCACCACGUUAA